CCAACCGGGGACUCUAGAUAAACCAGGCAACACCCAUAGCGAGUCACACAGUGUCUGCUUUGCUUUGCUCAGAGAUCGCCGGAGAAGGCGUUUAUUACCAUGCUAGCACCGGAACUCGCCGGUUUUCCGCGCGUGUACAGUCGGGGUGUGUGUGUAUGUGUGUGUGUGUGUGUGUGUGUGUGUGUGAGUGAGUGAUCAGUGUGUCACUGAUGGUGUUUGCUUGGCGUGUAUCUAAGCUCAUGUGGUGGUGCUGCUCUCGGGGAAGCGGCUGUAGGUGGUGCGAGCGGCGCUACUGUGGACUCGCGCGCCUGGAUGUAGCUGAUUGGAGUCGGUGCUGAUCGCGCAGCCGACAGGGGGGAGGAGGAGGAGGGUGGUAUCAGGAGUGGGGUGGUUUCUUUCUCUCUCUCUCUCUCUCUCUCUCUCUCUCUCUCUCUCUCUCUCUCUCUCUCUCUCUCUUUGAGCGUGUGUGUGACUCUCUCCAGCGGCCAUGUUAACCAAGAAGCCCUGUGCUGCUGUCUACCCGACUGGUAAAGGGGGUGAGCUGUGCACCGUGGCUGUCCGGUCUGGAGCAGGGAGCGAGCCGCCAUCACCCGUCACACUGCCACCUCUCAGGAACUCGCUCAGCAACUCGCUCACGGUUGGAGGCAAUAAGAACACGAUGAAUGACCAUCUGCAUGUCGGAAACCACCAGCAGAUCCACGUUCAACAGCUGUUUGAGGAAAACAGCAAUAAAAGGACAGUGUUGACGACACAGCCGAAUGGGUUGACGCCAGUAGGCCGAGCAGGCUUGUCCUUGCCAGAGAGGCAACAAGAAAGCAGCCAGUGUAGGGCGGGCAGUUCCGCCUCCACCAAAGCGACUGAAAGCAAGCCCAAGAUCGCCCCUAUUACUCCUGAGCAGGCCAUGAAGCAGUACACGUCCAAACUGACAGCAUUCGAACACCAGGAGAUUUUCAACUGCCCUGAAAUAUACUUUGUAGGACCAAAUGCUAAGAAACGGCCAGGUGUGGUUGGGGGCUCAAAUAAUGGUGGUUACGAUGAUGAUCAGGGCUCUUAUAUCCAUGUACCCCAUGACCAUAUAGCCUACAGGUAUGAGGUAUUGAAGGUCAUUGGUAAGGGAAGUUUUGGACAAGUAGUGAAGGCCUACGACCACAAGGCUCACCAGCAUGUGGCCUUGAAAAUGGUGCGCAACGAGAAGCGGUUUCAUCGCCAGGCAGCCGAGGAGAUUCGGAUCCUGGAGCACUUGCGCAAGCAGGACAAAGACUCCGCUAUGAAUGUCAUCCACAUGCUGGAGCACUUCACAUUCCGCAACCACAUCUGCAUGACAUUUGAGUUACUCAGCAUGAACCUGUAUGAGCUCAUAAAGAAAAACAAGUUUCAGGGCUUCAGUCUGCCACUGGUGCGCAAGUUUGCGCACUCUAUCCUGCAGUGUCUGGACUCCUUGCACAAAAACAGGAUCAUUCAUUGUGACCUCAAACCCGAGAACAUCCUCUUGAAGCAGCAGGGACGCAGCGGGAUAAAAGUGAUCGACUUUGGAUCCAGCUGCUUUGAACACCAGCGGGUCUAUACUUACAUUCAGUCACGCUUUUAUAGGGCACCAGAAGUCAUUCUGGGCUCUCGGUAUGGGAUGCCAAUUGAUAUGUGGAGCCUGGGUUGUAUUUUAGCGGAAUUACUAACAGGGUACCCUCUCUUGCCUGGAGAAGAUGAAGGGGACCAACUAGCAUGUGUCAUAGAGCUACUGGGCAUGCCCUCCCAGAAGCUGUUGGAUUCGUCCAAAAGAGCCAAAAAUUUUGUCAGCUCAAAGGGAUAUCCUCGUUACUGCACGGUCACAACUUUACCUGAUGGCACGGUAGCACUAAAUGGUGGACGGUCACGUAGGGGUAAGCUUCGAGGUCCGCCAGGAAGCAAGGAUUGGGUAACUGCGCUUAAGGGCUGUGACGACCCCCUCUUUUUGGACUUCCUCAAGCAGUGUCUGGAGUGGGACCCGGCUUUGCGUAUGACUCCAAGCCAGGCCCUCCGCCACCCGUGGCUGAGAAGACGCUUGCCAAAACCUCCCACUGGGGAGAAAACUACCGUAAAGCGAAUCACUGAGGGCACAGGUGCUAUAACCUCUAUCUCCAAAUUACCUCCCACAUCGAGUUCAGCCUCAAAAUUAAGGACUAACCUGGCACAAAUGACUGACGCUAAUGGGAAUAUACAGCAGAGGACAGUGUUGCCAAAAUUAGUCAGUUGAAUACUAAUAUUUUUGUUUGGUUCUUUGUUUUGUUUCUAUAAAUGUUGUUAUUUAAAUAUGUGGAAAGGCGAGCAUCCACAAGUGUGAAAGGUUUUUUAGGAAUAUAGUCUUUAAAUCAUCAUUUAUUUACAGCUUUGUAGCACCUUUUUUUGUUCAAAACACUUUUUUGUUUUACUUUCUUUUUUUCUUUUUUUUUUUUUUUUUUUUUUUAGAAAUACUAAAAUGGCCAAGAAAGAGGGAACAUUGCUUUUAAGUUUUUAUUUCAGGACUGUACUAUGUGGAAUGCUGCAGAGAGCAUUCAUGCAAUCUGGCCUAUUACUAAUGAAGUCCUAAUUAGUUUCCUCACUUACAUCUUGUAGCAUAGAGUAAAGACUCUCAGCAAUGAAGUUCAUUUGGAUUUUUUUAUGUGUGUUCUCGCUAGGGUUUAGCUCGCUACCUCUGUAAUCUGUUGGAACAACACUGCGUCGAUGAAGGAGAAUUUUACAUGCGUUUCUAAAGCGCUACGCUAUCUGCAGUCGCGUAGCGUUUGAAGCUCUUUAUAUUCAUGUUCGUUUGUGAAUGAGAAGGUAGGACAAGAUAUAGAAGACAUUUGAAGAGCAUCGUGAAAGCAAAGUGAAUGUUUUGGACUGCUUUGAGGCAGAAGGGAGAAAAAAAAAAACAAUGUUUACAUGACAGACUUGGUAUGUGCCUAAAAUCUCUUGACAUUCCUUAUAAAAUGAACUCAAGGAAAAGAGAGACUUCAGGGUAUUGUAACCUUAUAAAUAGACUUCUGGCAAGUUAAAAGGAAUUUAUUUAGUUUGACUGAGUGGACUCUGUUCUCGGCAGUACUCGACAGGUUCGUGUAUUUAACUAUAAGCUAUUCUCCGGAAGAACUGCUGGGAACACAAUGUCGUACUGUCUAGUGGGGAAAACUUUGGUGCUUUUACCUUUUUAUAUAAAAGGUUGUUUUUUUAAAAAAAAAAUCAUUUUAAACCUAUGCUCAUGGAACAAAAUAAUGUUUUGAAGCUAAUCGUAGUUAACAAAUAGGAAGCAAUAGGAAGCUUUUAAAAUCGCUAAUUCUCCCUUCUAAGGACUGCUGCUUUUGCAGGGAUUUUAGAAAGGAUCGUGCUAAUCAUUUAUCGACAGGACUACUUGAAACUGAGCCAGUAUUAACACUAUCAUUGAAAAACUACAGCAGAGAGGGGAACUUUAAACGAGAGGCUCGUCUCAUCCGGCUGUCGUUUGUAAUCAGAGAUCACCCUCUGAAAUUCAUAUCGCGUUUUCUAUAUUUAGUUUUUAGUGUGGUCUCGCUAGUAUGUGGCCAGAGUUUAAACUCUUAAAAGCUUGUUCCCUUCUUUCAAUGAACUUGCAUGGUUUUACCUGAACACACACACACACACACACACACACGUACAAAAUAGUGGAAAAUAAUUUCACAAACUGGCCAUUUUUUGUAGCAAUUUUGAUGUGGUAAGAAAAGAAAAUAACUGACAAGGGUCUGAAAGCUUUGUAAAAGUUUAAUUUAUUUAUUUCUUAUUAUUGGUUGAUUUUUAAUUUAAUUUUUUUUUAAGAAGAGCUAAUAUAAAAAGAAACAGUGGCCAGAAUGUGUGUUUUUUUGGCUUGUUAUCAGUGGAGUGACUUACAAUGUAAUGCUUUUGAGACUCCACUCGCAGGAAAACGCUCUCGACCGGAUGCGAAUGUGGCGCUGGUGAAAAAGGGGUCGGACCAAGGGCCGUUAAAAGCAAAGCUGCGGCAUUUAUGUGGGUUUUAAUACCCCUGCUACUGGUUGGCAUGGUACCCAGCCUGCUGCACACUGCCCAGUCCCCUCUGGACGCCUACAGUACAUUUGCGAAUGCACAAUAAUCUGCCAACACCAGCAGGCAGUUCACAUUGUACUUUAUAUCUUUUUGCUGUUUUGUGGAUUAACAGUGGUGGGGAAUAAUUGUGCCCUUAGGUUUAAUACAAUGUGCCUUUGAUUAUCAAUGCCAUUCAUUUUUGUCCACCAAUGACACCCCCAACCCAGUCAUUUGUUGUUGGGUACACCGAACCGUAGGCGACUACAAAGAUCCGCUUUAUAAUGGUGAUCACCUUGCACUUGUCUGAGCAUUGCCCAAAGAUCCUCCUGCAACCCAUAUAGUGGGUUCUGGGUGGAAAUUGGCUGCACAAAUGAAACGUUUUAUAUGCAGUUUGGACACGUGAUUUGAGUUAAGACCUCAGAGACCCAUUGCCAACAGGUAUAUCUCACCAAGUCAAACCUAUACCUAUUUCCUUUAGUGCAAAAAGGGUCUUUUCUACGCCAUCCAUCUUGUCUUAACAAACUCAAGGGGUUACAUUUGCUUCAUUGUAUUACUCUGUAAAUGACACAUCUUACUAUUUUACCUCAGACUGUUGUAAUAUUCUUGUAAUUUAUUAGCACAGGGCAUUUGGUAUAAACCAAAGUGCAUUCCUUUCUAUGUUUGUGGCUAGGAGGAAAAAAGCCAGAGUUUCUCAGUUUUGUUCUUUUUAGCUGAGAAAGAAGAGGCUUUCAAGCUAAUUUUAUCUGUCAAGGGUAGUAUCUAGAAAAAGCUAUCUUCAGUCAAGAAAGAGAGGUAGAAUAUGAAAGCUUGUGGCACAGAGCCUUCUGAAAUGUUUGAUCGAUGCACCAUGCCUCUAAACGUCUGGUGCAAGACAUGAUGCAUGUGUAAUGUGCUGAAUAUUGCUGCCCCAAGAAUAUUCAGCAAGUCAAUAGUCAGCCCUGGCUGCAAUACGGCAGUUGUGUCAUUGGGGCAAACUGAAGCAAAUGGCUGAGCGUUACAUUUUGAAAGGAUGUACCUUUUUACUACUUUCUAUCAAAAUGUUAUCCCAGGAAGCUGAAUCUAGCUAUCCACUGUCAACUCUGGUCAGUUCGUUUUUUUUUCUUUUUUCUUUAAUCUUUAAAUAAGGAACAAAGUUGACAUUCAUUUAUAUCCAACCAUAGAAACGUACUGUACAUAUAUGAACUUUACUACGAAUUCAAUGUGGAUGUGUACAUAUGUAAAAUGUUUUCCCUUUUUGUCAAAUGCUGCUGAUAACACUACAUCAGUCAUGUAGUGGAUUUUAAUCUUGGCGGCCAGUUUUAUGAUACUGUAUGUAUUGUACAGCUGAUUUUUUUUUUCUAGUGAUCAUUCGUUAAAUUUUAUUGUUGUGGCCAGAAAUAAUUAAUAAUAAAAAAAGUUUUAAUGUUGA